AUGAGCUUUGGUCGCAGUCCUAGAAGACUGCACGCAUUUUGUAACUAGACUAGGAAAUCUUGUGUCGGGAGAGUAUACACUCUUCUACGCACGGGUUACCCUAGGAAAAAGAGCUAGGUAGCCGAAAAACGGCACCGGCCAACAGGAAUUGAUCAAUAUAUAAAUCCGUGAAUGUUGUGAGAGGUCCGAUUCGGCCUCAAGAAAAUAAGUGGGGAGGCAUGGCGUCUGUAACAAGAUGUUUACAAGGUGUGCUGUCAUUAUGCUUAUUAAUAGUUACCGUUCAUUCAGCCCCAAAGGAAAAGGAGGUUGCUGAAUCCGAAAUAGCGUGUACCUUUAAUGGAGAAAAGUAUUUAGAUGAAGAUGUAUGGAACCCCGAUCCUAACAAUACUUGUUGGGAAUGUAUUUGUUUGAAAGGGGAAGUAUCUUGUGCUUUCAAAAAAAACUGUGAAAUUGAGUAUGCUUCUGCUACCAACAGAGAUGCUGCACUUCACGCCGCUUUGUCUACUGUCCAAGGCCCCAGCGGAAGCGUUGGAUUUGCCGGUGUUUCUGGUAGAAUUGGACAAAUGGGCGACACAGGAAAAGAUGGUGUCAGUGGAAUUCCAGGACCACCAGGAUCUCCAGGUCAAAGUGAAAUGUCAGCAGAUCAGGCAUACAAUAUGUACUUUGCUAGAAACUUUGGUGAUAAAGCCGGAGCUGCUCAAUACCCUGGACCUCAGUAUUUACAAGCACAAGUAGGACCCAUGGGACCUCGUGGACCUCCCGGACCCCCAGGAACACCCGGACCUCAAGGACCCCAAGGAUUACGUGGUGAACAUGGCGACCCUGGUCCACCAGGAAACCCAGGAACACGAGGAGAAAAUGGACCACCUGGACCACCAGGUAGUCAAGGAGAGACUGGACGACACGGAGAAGAUGGUUCGCCUGGACCCGCUGGACCCAGAGGUCCACCUGGUGCUGCUGGUAUGCCUGGUAUGCCCGGAUCACAAGGACACAAGGGAUUCCGUGGAUUCAGAGGAAAACGUGGAGAACAAGGUCUUUCUGGAGAAACUGGACCCGUUGGAUCGCCUGGAGCCCCUGGACCCUCAGGACCACAAGGCCCACGUGGUCCCCCCGGAGGACGAGGACAAGACGGUUUACCUGGUGCACAGGGUUUGAGUGGAGUUGAUGGUUUGGCUGGUCAACCUGGUCCUAGUGGAUCUGUUGGUCAACCUGGCCCACCUGGAGUUCCAGGACAACCUGGUUUAAAGGGUGAAGCUGGUUCUGCUGGACCCAAAGGAGGUUACGGACCCCAAGGUCCUCGUGGUGAAAGUGGUAUUCCUGGACCCGAUGGUGAUGUUGGUGCCCCUGGUCAACCUGGUAUGUCAGGAGCUGAUGGAGAUAAAGGAGCUACUGGAGACCCCGGUGCUGCUGGUGCCCCUGGAUUCCCCGGACCACGUGGACCUCCAGGUCUUUCUGGAAGCCAAGGUAACAAUGGUCCAAAAGGAGCAGUGGGAGAGUCUGGACAACCCGGUUACAAGGGAGAACAGGGAACCAAAGGUAUUCCUGGAUCACCUGGCGAUAGAGGUCGACCUGGUCCCCCAGGACCUCAAGGAAAUAGAGGUGAACGUGGUUCUCAAGGUGCUGCUGGACCUGUUGGUCUAGAAGGAGAACGUGGUUUGAGUGGUGCUCGAGGUAUUCCUGGUUCUCCAGGAUCCCCAGGUACCAAAGGAGAAGAUGGCGCAGCUGGUCUAAGAGGAUCUCGAGGUGAAUCUGGUUCUAUGGGUGAAGCUGGUCGUAUCGGCCCACCCGGUCCCCGUGGUGAAGCUGGUGCCCCAGGACAACCUGGUCCCGAUGGAAAAUCAGGAUCUCCCGGUCCUUCUGGUCCACCCGGUAAUGAUGGUCGACCUGGUGAAAUGGGUCCCCCUGGUCAAUCCGGUCCUCCUGGUGCCCAAGGUCCCCAAGGAGCUGCUGGCGAAAGAGGAAAUCAAGGAAAGAGUGGAAGUCCUGGUAUCCAAGGAGAAUCCGGACCCCCCGGUGACACUGGUGCUACUGGAGAGAUGGGACCCCAAGGUGCCCCUGGACCCGAGGGAUCUAUGGGAGAACGUGGAGCUGCCGGUAACGAUGGUCCACCAGGAUUCCAGGGACCUCCUGGAUUACCUGGUAACCCUGGUGAAGCUGGUACUGAUGGUGAGCCUGGUAUUCCAGGACCACCUGGUGCAUCUGGCAAAGCUGGAUACAGAGGUGAACGUGGCUUCCCAGGACCUCGAGGUGAACCUGGUGCUGAAGGAGAAUCUGGUAAUGCUGGUAGUGAUGGUCCACCUGGACCUGAUGGUGAACGAGGAGCUCCUGGUGAGAAGGGUAUCAAGGGAGAAAUGGGACCACAAGGACCUAUUGGACCCCAAGGAGGACGUGGACCUACUGGACCCCCUGGAACUAGUGGCGAUAGUGGUGAAUCUGGUGCCCCCGGAGCUGAUGGUUCUCCUGGACGACCUGGAACCCCAGGUGCACGUGGUCCUCUUGGACCCCCUGGCUUAGCUGGACCCCCUGCUGCUAAAGGAUCUGCUGGUGAUCCCGGUCCUCCGGGAGAGAAUGGGCCUCCUGGAUCAGGUGGAGAACGUGGUGUUGCUGGUCCCCAAGGAGAACAAGGAUACCCCGGUUUACCUGGUGCUGCUGGACCUACUGGAAACAAAGGUGAACGAGGUGCCCCAGGUUCCAAGGGAGAGACCGGUAAUGCUGGUGCUUCUGGAGAACCCGGAUCUCCUGGACCUCAGGGAGUUCGUGGUAUUUCUGGUAGACAGGGAGCUCGUGGUGAUGCUGGAGUCGAUGGUAUUCCCGGAGAACCUGGCAACCCUGGAAGUCUCGGACCACCAGGACGGGCUGGACAGCAAGGAUUACCGGGCCCAUCCGGUCCACCUGGACGAUCUGGCAUCAAGGGUAUUCGAGGAGGAACUGGUUCUCCUGGACAACCAGGAACCAAUGGAGCUAGAGGUCAACCUGGACAACCGGGUAACAAGGGUAUUCGAGGUGAAGAAGGAGCACCCGGAUCUGUUGGACCUCCAGGUGCUGCUGGACCAUCUGGUGAACGGGGUGAAGCAGGACAACCUGGUGUUGGCGGUGAACGUGGUCCUACUGGUCCUCCUGGUUCAACUGGUGCUCGAGGUGAAGCGGGUAGACGAGGUCGAAAUGGUCUUCCUGGAUCACCAGGUCCUGUCGGUAAUCCCGGUAACCCUGGUGCUGUAGGCGAACCUGGUCAAUCUGGUCCACCCGGUAAUGAUGGUACUCCCGGAUCUACUGGACGACCUGGAGAGAAAGGACCUGAUGGUGAAGCUGGUCUUGUUGGAGCACCUGGUUUACCAGGUUUACCUGGCCCAGCUGGUUCAUCAGGAGCUACCGGACCAAGUGGAGAUACUGGUGUUAGAGGAGAAAUCGGACCUGUUGGACGUGCUGGCCGAGCAGGACAACGUGGACCUCCAGGUGUACAGGGUGCUCAAGGUAUCCAAGGAGGAGAAGGAGACGUUGGAAAACAGGGAGACAAGGGUGAUCCAGGUUUCGCCGGUAUGCCCGGUCUUCCAGGACCUCAGGGAAGCAAUGGUGAGCCAGGUCCACCCGGACCACCAGGACCUCAAGGUAACCGAGGAUCUGAAGGCAAACGAGGUGCUAUGGGUAUUGAUGGUAGUGUUGGUCAAGAUGGUCCCACUGGACAACCUGGUCCACGAGGUCCACCCGGAGAAGAUGGUCGACGUGGUUCAGUUGGUCCAGGCGGUCCACGUGGUCCACCCGGUCCACCAGGACGAAGUGUCUAUUCCAAUGCCAUUACUGGUUUCUUCCAAGGUGGUGCCAAGGCUGAUCCUUAUUUGGCUGAUACCAAUGGCGAUGAAGAAACCAAGAAAGCGCUUGAACUCAUGGACAAAGUUAGGGAUGAAAUCGCCAAACUUGAAACACCAACAGGAGAAAAAGAUGCCCCCGCCAAGAGCUGCCGAGAUCUCGCCCUAACCCAACCAGCACUUGUUGAUGGUUACUUCUGGGUUGAUCCCAAUGGUGGUGGAAUUGCCGAUGCUAUUAAAGUUUAUUGUAAAUUCGAGAGGAACGAGACUUGUGUUCCACCACAAACUGAGACAUUUGAAAAGAAACAAUGGUUCGAUAGCUAUUUAGGAGAAAGACAAUCUUUUGCUGAUGUUUCCAUGUCAUCCAUGGCUGAAAAGGAAGGCCUUGAAAGUGGCACUUUCCGAUAUGUUCGACACGACUCUGCUUUCAACUUCUUGAGAUUAGACCACAAUAAGGCAAGACAAGAAAUCACUAUUAAUUGUAAAAAUACUAAUGUUGUCUUUGAUCAAUCCUCUGGUGAUUAUAAUAGCGCCAUUGAAUUAUUGAGCGAUGACUAUGAAACAAUAACAUCUAAUGGUAAAAAAGCAUUUAAAUAUCGAGUUAGAGAAGAUGGUUGUAGAAUAAAAGAUGGUUCAUGGAGAAAAUCUGUGAUAGCUGUACAGGUUAAAAAUAAUCGUAUGUCACGAUUACCAAUUAGGGAUAUAGGUUUAUUUGAUGUUGGUGGGGCAGAUCAAGAAAUUGGUAUAGAGCUUGGACCAGUUUGUUUCAGUUGAGGCGUCAUUUCUAUUCAUACACAUUAGACAAUUAUUCUAUUCAAUUAUUUUUCUCACUAGAAAGACUAUUUUCCAAAUCACUCGACAUCAUUAUUAUGUGUUUUUGUUUAUAUACUAUUAUGAUAUGAUCUGUCUGAAACAACAACCAAAUAAACAAUGAAUAUUAUUCUUUAAAUAAGAUCUUCUCAAGGACCAAAUGAGAACAGCGGAAGACCAAGGCGGACAUAUUUUUUUGUUUUUUUUAUAUUGCCGAGGAGUCAUAAAGCUGGCAACUCGUGAAGUGACUGUGAUGUAAACAAAGAGCUCUACUACUGCCAUUAACAAUUCAUACUGUGUUAUUAACGCUAUCAUUCUAGAUGAAAAUAUUUGAUUAUUUUAUUUUGUAAAUAAAAGUGAUAAAUGUCAGCAUUUCAUUGCUACCUCCGCCAAUUAUUGUCACAGCAAUCCGUCCAUCUGCCGGUUUUUACUGAAAUGAAUAAAUAAAAAAAUUCCAAAAAAUA